AUGGGGGAUGAGGAGGCAACUAUAGCGCUGCCCCUGAAGAUCUGCGUGGUCAUGGCAAUGUCUGGACUGGAGCUUUCCCAGAUUGCACCUGCUUUCUGGAACUCCUUGGGGGUGCACGUCUCCAAAGUGCCUCUCAGACCAGGCAAGGAGAACGUCACUAGGGCCAUCAUCAGAAGAGAUGGCCGUGAGUUCACCGUGGCAAAAGGCGGUUUGCAAAACCAAUCAGGGAUCCUGGAGUUCAUCAGCCUGGCCGUGGGGCUUGUGAGCAUCCGCGGGGUCGACUCGGGGCUCUACCUCGGCAUGAACGAGCGAGGCGAGCUCUACGGGUCGAAGAAGCUCACGCGGGAGUGCGUCUUCCGGGAGCAGUUUGAGGAGAACUGGUACAACACGUACGCCUCGACGCUCUACAAGCACGCCGACUCGGAGCGCCACUACUACGUGGCCCUCAACAAGGACGGCUCGCCCCGCGAGGGCUACCGGACUAAGCGGCACCAGAAGUUCACCCACUUUUUGCCCAGGCCCGUGGACCCUGCAAAAACCCCUGCCGCCUACAGAGACCUCUUCCACUACAGGUGA